CGGGAGAGAGUCGUCCCCCCCCCCCCCAAGAACUCCUCAGGCCGGCAGGCAGGGGUGGUGGGUGGGGGCGAGGAGGGCGCGUGGCCCCCGGCCCCCGCCGGCGCCCUGGCCAUGACGGGCAAGUCGGUGAAGGACGUGGAUCGCUACCAGGCCGUGCUGGCCAACCUGCUGCUGGAGGAGGAGAACAAGUUUUGCGCCGAUUGCCAGUCCAAAGGGCCACGAUGGGCCUCUUGGAAUAUUGGUGUGUUCAUCUGCAUUCGAUGUGCCGGAAUUCACAGAAAUCUCGGAGUUCACAUAUCCAGGGUGAAAUCAGUCAACCUUGACCAGUGGACUCAAGAACAGAUUCAGUGCAUGCAAGAGAUGGGAAAUGGAAAGGCGAACCGACUUUAUGAAGCUUACCUUCCUGAGACUUUUCGGCGACCUCAAAUAGACCCAGCUGUCGAGGGAUUUAUUCGAGAUAAAUAUGAGAAGAAGAAAUACAUGGACCGAAGUUUGGACAUCAAUGCACUUAGGAAAGAAAAAGAUGACAAGUGGAAAAGAGGAAAUGAAUCAGCUUCAGAGAAGAAAAUGGAACCUGUUGUGUUUGAAAAAGUUAAAAUGCCACAGAAAAAAGAAGAUCCACAGCUACCUCGGAAAAGUCCCCCAAAAUCCACAGCACCUGUCAUGGAUUUGUUGGGCCUUGAUGCUCCUGUGGCUUGCUCUAUUUCAAGUAGUAAGACCAGCAAUACAUUAGAGAGAGAUUUAGAUCUUUUGGCCUCUGUUCCAUCUCCAUCUUCUUCAGUUUCAAGAAAGGUUGUAGGUUCAAUGCCCACUGCAGGAAGUGCUGGCUCUGUUCCUGAAAACCUAAACCUGUUUCCAGAGCCAGGGAGCAAGUCAGAAGAAACUGGCAAGAAACAACUGUCUAAAGACUCCAUCCUUUCAUUGUAUGGAUCCCAGACGCCUCAAAUGCCUGCUCAAGCAAUGUUCAUGGCUCCGGCUCAGAUGGCGUAUCCUACAGCCUACCCCAGCUUCCCAGGGGUCACACCUCCUAAUAGCAUAAUGGGAAGCAUGAUGCCCCCACCAGUAGGCAUGGUGGCUCAGCCAGGAGCUUCGGGGAUGGUGGCCCCCAUGCCCAUGCCUGCUGGCUAUAUGGGUGGCAUGCAGGCGUCAAUGAUGGGUGUGCCAAAUGGAAUGAUGAGCACCCAGCAGGCGGGCUACAUGGCAGCAGGCAUGGCAGCUAUGCCACAGACAAUGUAUGGUGUUCAACCAGCUCAGCAGCUCCAGUGGAACCUUACUCAGAUGACCCAGCAGAUGGCUGGGAUGAACUUCUGUGGAACCAAUGGCAUGCUGAGCUAUGGACAGUCAAUGAAUAGCGGCAAUGGACAGGCAGCGAAUCAGACGCUGAGCCCUCAAAUGUGGAAAUAAAACAAGCUCCUGUUUGGCUGACACUUUCCUCAUCCCCUUCUCCAUUUCCCCCAACUCCCCUCAACCCUUUUCCCUUUUCCUACCUCUUUCUGUUUGAUUUAAAAAUUGCUCUGUCGGUCCAUUAUUUGGUGUUUGGCCUUCUGCUCAGCCCAGUCUCUUUCCAAACAUGCAGGCCUCUUUGUUACUUUUUGUUGUACGGGUUCCCUUGGCCAUCCUGACUUGCUUUGCCACCUUAGUCCCAGUUCUCUCCUGGCACCAGCACCUUAGGAAGUGUUGGAGAAGGCAUUUAAGCUGAGAAAAAAUAUGCGCUCCCUUGAGUACCUUUCCCCUAGAAUUAAAUCUCCUUUCAGAAUCUCUGAAAGGCACACAAGUGUGUUUUAGGCCAAGAGGUGAGUGUUCAGAGAUCCUUCUAUAUGUGUUAAUAAGCUAUUUCUGUGUGUUUAAAUUCUGACUGAAGAAGGAGGUAUCAUGCUGCCAUGAUGUGUGGAAAUGAAGAAAGUGCUGAAGUCAAAUCAACUAUUCCUGGGAUCUUAGAUCAGCUAGCCCCGUCCCUGGGGGGAGGCAAACCUCUUCCUCUGAGGAUGAGCAAAUAUAUUAUUCUCUUUUGCCCAAAAUUGCUUUCUGGAUCUGAGACUUAAUAUGCUGCUUCAGCCAGCCUGUAUUAGCACCAAAGACUUUAUGUAUGAAGGCUCUCCCUAAAACACAUACCCCUUUCUUGCCUCUGCUCUUCAGUAGGAUCUGAAGGACCAGCCCCUCCAGUGGGAACGCAGAGUGUAAUGUAUGUACUGCUCAUGUGUGUGUGUGUGUGUGUGUUGUGUGUGUGAGUGUGAGUAUUUGUGUGUUUGUGUGUGUGUAUUCCACCUCCCACUCAAUUACUGUCUCCUCUGGAGACUAUUGUUUUGUUUUUAAUUUUGUGUUUACAACAGAAAGAAAUUAAUUUAUCAAUAGCCUAAACGUGUUGCCCGUUUUUCUUAUAGUUGAAAACAAUAUUUUGCAAUCUCAUUGAUCACUCCUUUCCUCUUUUCCCAUAUCCCAGUUUGCCCAUCACUUUGUCACGCCUGUGUGUCCUGGGCUGCUCUGUCUCCCCACCUGUCCCAGGUGUCUGGGCAAAGAGCCUGGACAGCUUUUCUCUCUGUCAUUGUUCACUUGGAAAUUAAAGAAGAAAACUUUGUGUAAAAGAUCUCAUCCAUGGGAACCACAAUUUCUGGUUGUCUUUCUCCUGUGUAUGUGUAAAUUCCUUAAUAAAUAUUGCAGGGAAAGAC